AUGCCUCCUGUUGCAGACCCGAAAUCUCGCGGCCAAAACGGCCAGUUCUGCGACCCUAAAGUAGCAGAAGAACUGCGCCAGCUCCGCUGGGACAUCCUGGCUCUCGCCGAUGGCUUUGGCUGGACUGACAGACCCGCUACGUAUAUUCCGCCUGCCAGCGACAAUAAACCCGUCAACUGGGUCUUCCCUACCGGCCCUAGUCGCCGUCAGAAGGAGCUUUCCGAGCUUCUGAAGAAGAAGGUCUAG